AGGAAGUCUCGAGCUCAGGAUGGCACAUCGAGUUCAGGACUCGCGGACCCUUUUCACUCCGCGCCUGUGGAUUUACAUCAGCUGAUGGUUUUCCUCCUCUGUGGGUCUUGCUUGGAAACUUGGUUUCAACUUUGCGGAUUUUACGCACUGGUUUUAUCCCCUGCUGCCGCAGACUGUAGAGGAUCAGCGAGCACACACGGUCCGGGAUCUGACGGUGCUGCAGAGCGGUUUAAAGAUGCUGAACGACAUUAAGAUAGAGGACCGUCUGCGGACUGAUGCGAGCUGUCUGGACGUUCUUAACGGUGCUGACUCCCCCCAGCAGGCCGUGUGCGAGGGCUGCACGCGGAUCAUCUCAGACCGCUUCCUGAUGCGGGUCAACGACGCGUCCUGGCACGAGGAGUGCCUGCAGUGCGCCGCGUGCCAGCAGCCGCUCACCGCCACCUGCUACUGCAGAGACUCCUCACUGUACUGCAGGGCCGACUACCAGCGGCUGUUUGCCACCAAGUGCAGUGGCUGUCUGGAGAAGAUAGCACCCACAGAGUUUGUAAUGCGAGCUCUGGAGAGCGUUUACCACCUUAGCUGCUUCUGCUGCUGCGUCUGUGAACGUCAGCUGUGCAAAGGAGACGAGUUUGUUCUGAAAGAGGGUCAGCUGCUGUGCAAGAGUGACUAUGAGAGGGAGAAGGACCUGCUCAGCAUAGUCAGUCUAGACAACUCCGACUCAGAUAAGAGUGAGGAUGAGGAUCUGGAUGUGAAGUCAGCGAAGUGCCCUGUGGCAGGAAAAGGCGGCGACAGCAAAGACCCUCGCCGGCCCAAACGGCCACGCACCAUCCUCACCACCCAGCAGAGGAGAGCCUUCAAGGCCUCCUUUGAGGUCUCCUCCAAACCCUGCAGAAAGGUGCGAGAGACCCUGGCUGCAGAGACAGGACUCAGUGUACGUGUGGUCCAGGUCUGGUUCCAGAACCAGAGAGCAAAGAUGAAGAAGUUAGCCCGCAGACAACAGCAACAGCAGGAGCAACACAACAGCCAAAGGCUAGGCCAAGAGGUGAUAUCAGGCUGUAUGGAGGGCCUGCUUAGCUCCUACUCAGGGCCUCUACCUUCAAACCAGCAGCAGCAUCUGGUGACCAUGGAGCACAACGGCUACAACACUGACCCCUUCCAGCAGGGCCUCACCCCACCACAGAUGCCCGGUGACCACAUGAACCCCUACGGUACAGACUCCAUCUUCCAUGACAUUGAUAGUGACACCUCUCUGACGAGUCUAAGCGACUGCUUCAUGGCUGCUCCAGAUGUAGGCUCCUUGCAGUCUCGGGCAGGGAACCCCAUCGACCGCCUGUACUCCAUGCAGAGCUCCUACUUUGCCUCCUGAGACCACGCCUUUACAUUUUGGUACAACUCCACCCACCACCACCACCACCCUGGCCACGAACAGUGAGCACAGUGCAGUGCAGACACGUAGGCCAUAGGGUUUUCCUGCAAUGUGACUGCGGGACAGAAUCCACCAAAUAUACCUGACUGACCUCCACCAGCCAAAGGAAAGGGAAAACUUGAAAUAUGCCUCCAAAUGCUUUAGGGGGUUGAAGCAGUGCUUUCUGAUUUACAACUGGGAUAGCUGUCAACAUUUGUACAGGCAUCAUAAUGCAAGUGUUUACUGUGUUUGUGGUAUAAAAAGUUGGACUACAUUUCAAGCCAGAGAUUUGUUGAACAUUUAGUCCAAAUCAAACAGUGUCACAGAAACAUUAGACUACAUGUUUCUCACAGUUUAAUAGGUGCAUAAUACUGUUGUAAGAUGUUUUCCAAUGGGACAAUUAAGCAAAUAUAGUUGGGUGAUGUAAUCUCAGCCAAAUACCAAACUUUUCUGGUGUAAAAAUGGCCGGUUUGUGAGUGAACUGAUUGAUUCCUGUCGCUGAAUGUAUAUAAUGUUCUAUAUAUAAUUACUGUUCUUCAGAAACAUCCAGUUUUGCAUGUUGGGAUGGACAGCAAUUUAUUUAUUUCCCACCAACGUGCUGGUAUACAAUAAAUCUAAAAUUUCUAUUUAAAAAGACGAUAUGAUCCCAUCGUAACAUACAAAAACCAAACAUCCGAAUUAUUUGAUUAUUUGAGCCUGCUAUUUAUCAUAGUAUUUGUGUUGUUUUAAUGUGUGUAUUAGUGUCGCUUUGCUAUUUAUUUUUUUCCAUCGAGAUCAUCUGGACAUUCUCAAGAGAUUUUGAACUUAUCAAAAGUGUUGGUACUUCAA